AUGCCACGAAAUCCGUUGUUUUGCAACUCACGGGAAACCGCGCUCCGACUACAAAAAUCUGUCCCAAGUUUAUCACCGCCUCCGUUAGAUGAAUUUCGAGCACAGUUGCCGGUCGUCGCUGUAACUGUCCUAUACGACCCGAAGACAACACAAAUGUAUUGCAAUCGGGUACCGAAAGUUGAGGUGAUCGCACAGCAAGAUGUUCCGCAUGUCAUUGUCGCACCGAUUCGGCAACAGCCGAUUACCCAACUUCCAUGUUUUAAAGAUGACGAAAAGAUGCCGCUGUUUUUGAUCAAGUUGUGGAGCAUUGUUGAGGACCCGCAGUAUCAGCAAAUUGUGCGCUGGGAUGAGUCGGGAUACAGCUUCCAUAUAAUCGAUCCAUAUUCGUUUUGUCGCAACGUUCUCCCACACUUCUUCAAGCAUAACAACUUGAAUAGCCUAAUUCGACAACUAAAUAUGUAUGGUUUUCGGAAAAUGACGCCUGUUGACAGGGGCUCACUCGCACGAACGGAAUCUGACCAGGAUCAUUUGGAAUUUAGUCAUCCUUACUUUAUUCGGGACCAUCCGGAAUAUCUCGUUAACAUCAAGAGGAAGCAGUCCACACGGACGAUUGAGAACUCCACUAAUAAUGGACAAGCUCAAGCCACUCUCCAAUUAGUUAUGGAAGAACUGCGUCAAAUGCGGGAAAAACAGCGUAAUAUGGAUAAUAAGAUGCAUGAACUUGUCAAAGAGAACGAACAACUUUGGGAGCAAAUAACGUUGUUACGAGCGCAACAUAACCGCCAACAGCAAGUUGUUACGAAGAUUCUCGAUCGUCUUCAACGGGAAAUGCUAGACAUUGGUGGGAUUCGAGGUGUUGCCGCCGCUGCAACUCGUGGCGAUGGUCCCAUUAUCGCCGAUAUUACCGAUGAAUGGGUUCCAACAACAUCGUCAUCCAGUAGCCCACCGAAUCAGAUGCAGAACAAGACAAAGCAGUGUAGUAAUAAAGGGUAUAUGUCAUUUUCAACUCCAAAUGCACAAAUGAGUUCAACACCGGCGGCCAAAGGCAGUGUUGCUGUUGGUCUGGCCACUCAACAGGUGCAGCAAAACAGUGAUUGUAAUAUCAUAGAUACUCCGAAUCCUUCAAAGGAUUUCCAAGAAUAUCUCAACGGAAUCGAUCUGGGUUUCGAAGGCUGUCGCGACAUUUUGGGAGGCCAUUGGGAUUUCAAUAUAUUUGAUACCUUGGGCGUUGACGACGAACUAGAAGAUCCGCAAAAUGAAAAUCAACAGGAGGUAAAUAAGAGUGGCACUGCGACUUAUAGCGACUAUGCCGAUCGAAUGUUAACCGGUGGUGGGCAGCAGCCCGGCGUCCUUACAUAUCCGAGUCCACGGUUGGCGUUAGAGGGUGGACCACUAAUUGCUGUCAAUUCGUCUCCAUCGAAGACACAGGAGGUGGAAAACGAGAUACACCCUAAUCUUCACCCGGCUUUAGAGUUCGAUUGCUCACCACUGAUUGGAAAUGAAGAUCUCGUGUUCCCAAGCACUCCGGAGCUGCUUACUCCUUGCGCGAGCCCUCGUACAUGA